GUUGCGUCUCCGCCAGGCGCGGGCCGCGGCGCAGUUCCCGCGAACCUCUGCGGGGCGGCGGCGGCGUUUCCGGGACGCCGGUUGGCGGGCUGACCCGGCUCCUGUGCGGGGCGGAAGUGGGCGGCUGCGGACCGAGGGGAGCCGCGCUGCGGGCGGAAUCUGGCCGAGCUGGAGGGCGCCGGGGAGCGGAGCUCGGGCGGCCCCCGAGGCCCGGGCGAGCGGACAGCUGCGGGGCCUGUGGCGAGCGCGGCGGUGCCCGGGGAGCGCGGAGGAGAUGGGGCGCCGAGCCGGGUUGGGGCCGGGGCCUCGGCCAUGUUCGCGGGGCUGCAGGACCUGGGCGUGGCCAACGGCGAGGACCUGAAGGAGACGCUGACCAACUGCACCGAGCCACUCAAAGCCAUCGAGCAGUUCCAGACAGAAAAUGGCGUGCUGCUUCCCUCUCUGCAGUCGGCCUUGCCCUUCUUGGACCUGCAUGGGACGCCCCGACUGGAAUUCCACCAGUCAGUGUUUGAUGAGCUUCGGGACAAGCUGCUGGAGCGCGUGUCAGCCAUUGCCACAGAGGGGAAGGCCGAGGAGAGGUACAAGAAGCUCGAGGACCUUCUGGAGAAGAGCUUUUCUCUGGUGAAGAUGCCAUCUCUGCAGCCAGUGGUGAUGUGCGUCAUGAAACACUUGCCCAAGGUUCCUGAGAAGAAGCUGAAGCUGGUGAUGGCCGACAAGGAGCUGUACCGGGCCUGCGCCGUGGAGGUGAAGCGGCAGAUCUGGCAGGACAACCAGGCACUCUUUGGCGACGAGGUCUCCCCGCUGCUGAAGCAGUACAUCGUGGAAAGGGAGAGCGCGCUCUUCAGCACGGAGCUCUCCGUCCUGCACAACUUCUUCAGCCCUUCUCCCAAGACCAGGCGCCAGGGCGAGACAAGAAACGUCGCCACCCGGCACAAGCUGAUGUUUUGUGAGAGAGGAAGCUUAGCCCCGCAGGGUCAUGGGGUGUGUGAGGCCGGCCUGGUGUCCCGGCAGGUGGUGCAGAGGCUGACCCGGAUGGUGGGCCGCAACGUGAAGCUGUACGACAUGGUCCUGCAGUUCCUGCGCACGCUUUUCCUGCGCACCCGCAACGUGCACUACUGCACGCUGCGUGCCGAGCUGCUCAUGUCCCUGCAUGACCUGGACGUCGGCGACAUCUGCUCUGUGGACCCCUGCCACAAGUUCACAUGGUGCCUGGACGCUUGCAUCCGAGAGCGGUUCGUGGACAGCAAGAGGGCCCGGGAGCUGCAGGGCUUCCUUGACGGAGUGAAGAAGGGGCAGGAGCAGGUCCUGGGGGACCUGUCCAUGAUCCUGUGUGACCCCUUCGCCAUCAACACCUUGUCGCUGAGCACCGUCAGGCAUCUGCAGGAGCUGGUGGGCCAGGAGCUGCUGCCCCGGGACAGCCCGGAUCUCCUGCUCCUGCUCCGGCUGCUGGCGCUGGGCCAGGGCGCGUGGGACAUGAUCGACAGCCAGGUCUUCAAGGAACCCAGGAUGGAGGUGGAGCUGGUCACCAGGUUCCUGCCCACGCUCAUGUCCUUCGUGGUGGACGACCACACCUUCAACGUGGAUCAGAAGCUCCCGGCCGAGGAGAAGGCCCCGGUCGCAUAUCCGAGCGCGCUGCCAGAGAGUUUCACCAAGUUCCUGCAGGAGCAGCGCAUGGCCUGUGAGGUGGGGCUCUACUACGUGCUGCACAUCACCAAGCAGAGGAACAAGAACGCGCUCCUGCGCCUGCUCCCGGGGCUCGUGGAGACCUUCAGCGAUCUGGCGUUCGGGGACAUCUUCCUGCACCUGCUCACGGGCAACCUGGCGCUGCUGGCGGACGAGUUUGCCCUGGAGGACUUCUGCAGCAGCCUCUUCGACGGCUUUCUCCUCACCGCCUCCCCGAGGAAGGAGAACGUGCAGCGGCAUGUGCUGCGGCUCCUCCUCCACCUGCACCACCGGGUGGCCCCGUCCAAGCUGGAGGCCCUGCAGAAGGCGCUGGAGCCCACAGGCCAGAGUGGAGAGGCGGUGAAGGAGCUGUAUUCCCAGCUUGGAGAGAAGCUGGAGCAGCUGGACCGUAGGAAGCCCAGCCCGGCUCAGGCUACAGAGACCCCAGCCCUGGAGCUGCCCCUCCCCACCGUGCCCGCCCCGGCUGGACUCUGAGGCUGCGCCUGGGGCUGCUCAGCGGUGGGCGGGCGGGGCCCCCGGUGGGGACUUGGCCCUGGUCGGCCAGGGGGAGAGGCUCCCCUGUGCCUGUGAGAGCAGGAGCCCGUCUCUCCUGGAGGUGGACUGACUGUUCCUGGGACUGGGGGUGGGCUGAGUGGAGACCCCGGGGACUGUCCUGUGG